CUUCUUCAUUAUAAACAUUUUUUAUUUUGUCAUUUUAGGGAUUUAAUUUUUCUUUGGAGCAAACUUCAGCUGAAACUAAACCAUUCCAAGCAGCUCUUCAUAGAAAGGUGCUAUAACAUGCUGAGGAUUGCCACAAACUUAAAAGGGAUCUUCCCUUUCAUGAAAGCAAUCAUAAAUGAAAUUGGAGAGGCUGGUGUUCAGUUAUCUGUGGAGCUGUGUGGCUGCGCUUUGCAGCUUGACCUUAAUCAUGAUCCAGAAACAAAAUCUUUAAUUUAUAAGACAAUUGCAUGUCUGCUACCCACUGACCUGGAGAUUUGCAGGAUCUGUGUUUUAUCAGUUUUCUUUUUGGAGAGGACCAUGGAAACUUAUUAUGCUGUGGAACGUUUAUAUAAAUGCUCAGAUGAGGAUUACAAUGAGUUUACAAGCUAUGUAGAGAAUCGUGUUCGGUUUGAGUUGCUUCCAAUUCUAAAAAGGGGUUUAAUAUUUGAUCCAGAGUUUUGGAGCUUCUCAAUGAUACAAGAAAACUGCUUUGCUUUCCUUCAAAAUAAAACCUCUUUGGAUAAUGUAACAAACAAAGAAAUUGUUACGCAGGCUUUGCCCAUGGAAGCCACUAAAUCUGUUAAAGACUUGAUAAAUGGGGUAUUGGAGCUAGAACAUUCAACAAAUGUUAAGAGCUCUACAAUCUUUGCUUCAUAUAAGAUGGACCAUAAUAAUGUUCCCAGGCAUCUUUGUACUUUAUGCAACAAAGAAUUUCUUGGUGGUCAUAUAUUUAGACAUGCACAGGCUCAUCAAAAAAGGGGUUGUUUUUCUUGUGUAAUAUGUGCACGAAAAUUCAGAAAUAGGUUUAUUAUGCUUAAGCAUUUAAAGAGCCACAUAAAUAAAAUACAGAGACGUCACAUGGCUGCUCUUGCUGCUAUUUCCAAUGACACUCUUAAUGAAACCCCAAAUACAAAUGAAGUGCAUCUAUCAGAUGCUUCAUCUCUGUGUAUAGAAAAUGAAAACUCCAGUAGUUCUACAAAAGAAGUAUUGUCUGAUGUAUUGGUUGCUACCCAUCAAGAAUCUUCCCCUGAAUCCUUAGUUCCUGUUGAAAAUCAUGUGAUUGAAAAUAAUAAUAAUGACAAGCCUAAUAAUUUAACAGACUUAAUUAUUUCAGAAAAUAAUCUUGAGUUAAUUGAUAAGCAAUUAUUAGAGGAAAACUUAGAUAGCAACAUGCCUGAUCUAGUUAAAAUAAAUGGAUCUUUGUGUUCUAUGAAUGAAGAUCCUGCUAUCAAAGAUAAUGUCCUAAAUCACCAAGAUGUUUUCGAGUGUCCGGCUCAGGGAUGUGAUCGAACUUUCAAAAGGAUAUGUAACCUUAAUAAGCAUGCAAGGAAGACACAUCCUACAGAUUUAAAAGUACAGCAGCAUAUAUUGACAUGGAAUAAGGGCAAGUGCCGUUUUUGUCAAAGGCUGUUUACAGAUUCAAAACAUUUUAUAGAGCAUCUCCAGAGACACGUGUAUCCAAAUGUCUACUUUUGUCCGUUUGUAAACUGCAAUGAAAGCUUCAAGCUAUCAGGUCAACUGACAGAACACAAGGCAAGUCACACAAAAUGUAUAGUUCAGUGUUCUUAUAUAAACUGUUGUGAACUUUUUGAAGACUUUUCGAUGCUUUAUAAACAUGAAGCUCAGCACUAUGAACAAACUGCCCUCAAGGCUGUUAAUCCCUUAACUGCACUAGAGCCAAAAUGCAAUGCUACAGAUUUUUCAGAACCUUUCAAACAAAUACCAGCAGUCCCUAAAGAAAGCAUGGAUAAAAUCAGAAAGCCAAAAGUUGUGGAUUUCCCUGUUCCUAUAUGGAAGUCAAAGAAGGAUUUAGCUGAACCAAAGACUUACACACAAACAGAGAAAAAAAUGAAUGGUUACGUUAUUAGUCAGAACUCUCUUUUGGAUAGUUCUACAACAUCAGAAGUUAAGAAUAAUCCAUCUCUGGUUUUGGAAGCAAAUGUUGAAAGCCCCACAGAUGAGGAAAAAAAUAUCAAUGGAUACAGUGUACGGGAAAAAACUCAUGCUAACGAUAUCCACUUCAACUGUGCACACAGUACACAAAAACCUUUAGAAAAUGUUUCAGAUACUGUAUUAGAGGGCCCCCAAGAAAGUUCUGCAGACCAGGAGCAAAAUCCUUCUAAACCAAAAUCAAAUACUGGUAUAGUGUCAUGUGGUAAAGUGUGGCCUUUUUCUAGGCCAUUGCCCUCAGCCUAUCUAGAUGAACAGUACAUCAGUAUGCCAAAACGGAGAAAAGCUGAUGAGGAACACAAAUUUGAAAUAGAUACUAAUUGUACAAAAUCAGUGGAGAUGUUCAGAUGUGGAAAGUGCCUAACAAAUUACUGUAGCUCUGAAGCACUUGAGAAACACAGAGCACAAAAUAAGUGUCAGCAGUAUUUUGGGUUUGAUUCAGAUGAUGAAA